UCCAAUCCUGGCCGCAGGCGAAGAGGUGGUGGUGGAAGGGGCCGUGGCGCGCGCGAUCCUCUACUGUCUCUGAGACCAUCUACAGUCGCGCCGUCUACACAAGCAUCAUCCGUGGAUCCGUCAAGUGCCGACGUCUCAGGUGCGGAGAACAACACCCACAGUCAAGAUGCACGGCGCGGAAGAGGUGGUGCAAGAGGUGGAAGAGGAGGAUCAGCGAGAGGUGGCAGGACGCGUGAGAACAGAACGGUCAAUGGAAGAGCCUUUGGUGGCCAACUCACAUCAAAUGGCGAACUACAAGGAGAUGCCACAAACUUCGUCCCUGGCCAGCCAAUCCUCACCCAAGGCGCCACCUCGCUACAGACCCAACCUCGAUCGCAAAGACGCCGUCUUUCAAAGUCAACAGCCCCCGACAUUGCUACUCGCACUCACCACGACAUUGACCACGGUCAUUACGAAUGUCCCAUCUGCACGAGCGAGGUUCUUCGCAACUCCAAAGUAUGGUCGUGUCAUACUUGCUGGACCGUCUUCCACAUGUCCUGUGUCAAGAAGUGGUCUCAAAACCAAGGCUCUGCCGCUGCUCAGCAACAGGGUCGCGAGAAUGGCGAAAUUCCUCCGCCUAGACAAUGGAGAUGUCCUGGAUGCAACCUUCCGAAAGACACGCUGCCCAAGACAUACACCUGUUGGUGUGAGAAAGAAGUCGAGCCACGUGCUGUCACUGGUCUGCCUCCACAUUCUUGUGGAAACACUUGUGGCAGAGAAAGAGUUCGCAAAUGCCCCCACCCUUGUCAGUUGACAUGUCACGCCGGCCCAUGCCCACCCUGUACUCAUAUGGGCCCGACUCAGACUUGCUUCUGUGGCAAGCACGAGUCGACUCGCCGAUGUACUGACACCAACUAUGAGGAUGGCUGGAGCUGUGGUGACGUCUGUGGUGAUCUCAUGCCCUGCGGAGAGCACGAGUGCCCAAGGGCUUGUCACGAAGGUCUUUGUGGAGCUUGUGAAGUUCGUAUCGAUGCUCGCUGCUAUUGUGGCCAGGUCGAGAAAGCUUUGCUGUGUGCUGAUCGCGGUGACGAAGUCACAAGCCACAAGAAGCAUAUUACAGAAGACAGUCAGGACUUCAUCGAGGAGUGGACUGGCGUGUUUGAGUGUGCUAACUCUUGCGAUCGCGCCUUCGACUGUGGCAUUCACCACUGCCAGAAGCCUUGCCAUUCUCAGGAUACUGACCCUGGUCAUUGUCCUCGUUCCCCCGAUGUUGUAUCGCAUUGCCCUUGCGGUAAGACCAAGCUUUCAGAGAUCUCUCCGGACGCUCGGAGUUCUUGCCAGGAUCCUAUUGCAAACUGCAAAAAGGCGUGCAUGAAGAAGCUUCCUUGUGGACAUCCAUGUGAACAGCUGUGCCACGCUGGUGCUUGCAUGCCUUGCCUCAAGGCUGUAUCAAUCAACUGCCGUUGUGGUAGAACAACGUCUACCACCAUCUGCCAUCAAGGUAAGAUCGAGCCUCCUCAAUGCAUGCGCGUCUGCAGAGUCAACCUCAACUGUGGUCGCCAUGCUUGUGAUGAGCGCUGCUGCGAAGGUGAGCGAAAGGCUGCUGAGAGGUUGGCCAUCAAGCGCAAGGGUCGGAAGCUCGAGGACGCCCACAUUCGACCGAUCGAUGACGGCUUCGAAGCAGAACACAUCUGUACUCGUCCCUGUGGUAGACUUUUAAAGUGCGGCAACCACUUCUGUGAUGAUCUUUGUCACAAAGGUCCUUGUGGUUCUUGCAGAGAGGCAAUCUUCGAUGAGAUCAAUUGUCACUGUGGUCGCACUGUACUCACACCUCCUCUGCCCUGUGGUACUCAGCCUCCACCAUGUCGCUUCCAAUGCAAUCGCCCGAAGACUUGUGGCCAUCCUCAAGUGCAACACAAUUGUCACAUGGACAACGAAAACUGCCCUAGGUGCCCCUUCCUGGUCGAAAAGAGUUGCAUGUGUGGCAAAAAGAGUCUCAAGAACCAGCAGUGUUGGUUCAAAGACGUGAGUUGCGGUCAGAUUUGUGGCAGAAAGCUCAAGUGUGGUUCCCACUUUUGCACCAAGCCUUGUCACCGUGAAGGUGACUGCGAAGACGCCGGCGGUCGACCUUGCCAGCAGCCUUGUGGAAAGCCCAAGAAGGCUUGCGGCCACCCAGAUGAAGCCAUUUGUCAUGCUCCCACCGCCUGCAAGGAGGACAAGGCUUGCCCUCAUAAGAUUUUUAUCACUUGCGAAUGCCAGGCCCAAAAGCAGGAAAUGAGAUGUAAUGCGUCAAAGACCAGCGAGGGAAACCUUACAAAGUCAUUGCCUUGCAACGAGGAGUGCGCCAGACUGGAGCGCAAUCGUAAGUUGGCACUCGCUCUCAAUAUUGACCAAGAAUCACAUGUCGAAGGAGGUGAUCACGUUCCAUUCUCUACCGAGACCCUCAAUCUGUAUGCUGCUCACCCUACUUGGUCCACAAACCAAGAGCGCGAGUUCCGAGUGUUUGCAGCCGCAGACGAUGAGAAGAGACUGAGGUUCAAGCCUAUGACAGCCACUCAACGAGCCUUCAUCCAUCAUCUCGCUGAGGACUUUGGUCUGGACUCUGAGAGCAUGGACCCCGAACCGCAUCGCCAUGUCGCCAUUUUCAAGACACCCCGAUUCGUGCGCUCGCCACCGAAGACCUUGAAGGAGAGCAUGCGUAUCAGAAAUGCUCAGCGUGUAGCAUCCGGCAAAGCUGUAGCCAGUAGUGAAGGAACCGCUACACAAGUCCGUGCUAACGAGGUCGGAGAGCCGUAUAACAGCUAUGUCAUCAUGCGUCCACGCUUCGGUCUCAUGACUGAAGAGGUCAGGACCGAAUUAGCAACAUUCGCUCUUCCGGUACAAUUUGAUGUCGAAUUCUUGCCGAAUGAGGAAGUCAUCAUCAAGGCAAUCAGUCGUACUCUUGAUGAGCAGGCACUCGAUCAGACCCUCAAGAACGCCAAAGCACCAAUCGCUGCUGCUAUCUCCGCGAAGAGCCUUGGCACACUCCAACUUUGCCGUACAGACUCUUCUCUCAACAUUACUCGUCGUGAGAAUGAGAGUGGUGUCAGUGAUGGUUGGUCUCGUGUUGCCGCGAAGAGUGCAGCAUCACGUCGACCCAUCGCUCAGACAGCCUCAUCCAACAACAACAUCUUCUCGGCUCUUUCCGGUGGGAACAAAGUAACAUUCGCAAAGAAGAAGGAGAAGAAGGUAGUCGUUCCAGUCGAGCCUGUUGUUGAUGACUGGGAGGCAGCAGAGAUUGCCGAGGAA